UCAUCAAAACUUCCGUAAUUCGUUCCUAAUGUAAACGAUUACUAAUAGACCAAUCAACGCAAUGACUCACUUAACACAACAUGGAAUUAUAAUUUUCUAGUUUAGGAAGAGUAAAAUUUAAAUAGAUCUAGAAAUCUAAAUCUGAACUAGAUUAUGAUGUCUGAUAUUGUCACUAGACAAAGUCUCUAAUCAACAUGAACGACUAGAUCUAUAAUUAUAUUCUAUAGUCACACUAUAUACUAUAGAAAUAGAGACUAUUCACAUUAUUAGAGUAUAAUACUCAGACGACUCAGUCGUCUCAGUAUAUACUACAGUAAGUAUAUGAUAUAUCUAAUCUAGAUCGACUCAUCGAUACGCGAAGAAACGUCAAGUUGUCUGUAAUAUCUAAGUCAUAAAACAAUACAGCUAUAUAGGAAUCUUACAAAGAAAAAAAAUGUAAAUGUACAAUAAUGCUAGAGUAAAGAUUGACAGUGACUUAUCUAGAGUUACUGCUUACUGUAAAAGAAAAUGUGUUAGGAGGAAUUCAUAAAUCGUAUUACAAAGCUAAAGCUAAUAUUGAGAAGAGCUCUCUAAGUAAUGAAAUUAAACAAAUCAUAUUUCAAUGGGAGCUGCUUGUGCUUCGGGGAUCUCAACUUUCACUUCAAACACCAGCUCAUUGCCAACUAAGAUUCUUAUUCUUGGACCUCAAAAUUCUGGAAAAACCCAUCUUCUGUAUUCUUGGAAAUAUGGAGCUGACUAUAUCUUGUCUAUUGAACCCACAAGCCAUUUCAAUGUAGAAACAGUGACUUCAUCCUCUGGACAGAAGUAUUUGGCCUAUGACCUGGCUGGUAACAUUGGCUACAGAGUAAGACCUUUCUUGGAGGGUGCCAAUGGUAUUAUUUACAUGUUGGGCUGCGAUGGAGAAAGUUUACUGAGCGAGAGUGAAGCAGAGAGCAUUGUGAAACUUUUGAAAGAAAGAGAUAUGGAGAAUGUCCCAGUACUAUUUGUGAUUAAAAAUGGAUCAAAAUCGGAUGACUGUUCUCAAGAUUUAUCAAACAAACUAAUUCACGUCCUUGAAGGCAGGGUCUGGGAUGCGGUACAAAUACAACCAAACAGUCAAGAGGAUGCUGACCAAGUUCUCAAUGCCUUGGAAAAGUUGAUAAACAAACCUUUUUCUAAAGUUAGCUGACACAAUGAAUGAACUUAGUGUAAAAAAAAAUUAAUUUAAUUAACUGACAUUAAAACAGACAGUACAUAUAAUGGUCUAUAAGUUUACAGGACAAACAACACGUUUCUUUUUAAAACUUUUUUAAUUUAAACAGGAUAUAAGUUAGUUUUACUAACAGCUGAUAAACAUGAGCAGUAUCACUUUUUAAGUUGAAUUCACUAUAAAACAACCAGAUCAAACAAAUUAACAAUAAUAAUAAGUGAGAGAACUUAUAAAUAACACAUUACUUUCAAGGAAUAAUCAAGUUUAGUUUUCUUGGAAUAAUCUUAAAUCAUUUUAAUUUCCUGUAAUCCACAGUUUCUGUUAAUUGUAUAACUUUAAGUCAUUCAUUAUAUUGGAAAACGUUUAAAACAAAACUGUGAUACACCGAUAUAUGUCUAAUACUGUAUGUCUACAUACAGUAUGUCUAACAAGUACUAUGGUGCGUAUGUCUUUUAUUACAUACUCAGGCUGUCUCAAUUAGCAUUUUUUAUACUUAUAUUUUCUUUAGUCAAUUUAUCAAAUAUAAAUGUUUGUUUUCAUACAUUUUAUUUACAUAUUGAAUUGACAAAUGUUAUCUCUAGAAAAGAUAGCUGACAGUUUUCUGCCACUCCCACACCCCACUCUUCCUGCCAAGGCAAAUAUUGAAAAAGAAAAAAAAAUUGAUUGUGAAAUGUAAACAUAUUGUAUAAUAUCGACAUGCAACAAUUGAAUUCUUUUUGUUAAUAAAAAAAAGUUUCAAAAGUAA